AAGUAUUAGUAAAAUUCGACUAGUCACGUCCAUAAGGUGACUUGAGCAUUUUGCAAAUCCCUCAUUUCUGGUUUCCCUCUCUCCCUCCCAAAUGACCCUUCUCCACACAUAACUCUCUUCAGGUUUAUACUAUGUAUCCAACUCCACUACUGCUCAAGAUUGAAAACAUGAUUGAUGACACGCCUCUCGUUGAGUACUUACUUGUUGAGGCUGUUUAUAAUGAAAAAAUAGCCACUAAUGAAGACGUUAACGAGUUUCGCACUAGCUUUUUUGAUGAAAUGGCCCGUAUGUUUUCUGAGAUACUUGAUCAGAACUUCGGAUCUGCAGACAUCCGUCUUGUGGUUUAUUGGCUAAGAUACCGGUAUCUUUGUGGACGCCAAUCCGAAGGGUAUCUUGCAGAACUGUUUGGUGCAACGCAAGAUGAUGGUGAGGUGCAGGAUGAUCAUCAGGGCGUUGAUUUUGUGGUUUAUGGUGCUGCUGCUGCGGUUGUUCUUUUAGGGGUUGGUAUGCUUGUUAGGGUUUUGGCUCACUAUCGACACAAGUAAAAGAUGGUAUGAGGUAACUUGUUUUUUCUUUUUCUGAAACUACUAGUCUAAAUCUGAAAAUUGGUAGGGGCAAUAAAUCGUGACUAUGUGGAAGUAAUUUCCCGUUUUUGAUGGAAUUUGUUGUUUUUGGUUUCCUCCAAAAUUGGGUUUGGGAUUAUCAAAGUCAUUUCAAUUCCGCUUGAGCUUAAUUUAUCAAAUGUUUAUUA